AUGUCACUCACAAACGGCCUACAACCAGCGCCACCGCCGCCGCUCCUAAAAUAUGACGGCCGGCCACAGGAACUGCCAGACAAUCAAGGCACGGCGUUGCCUGCGCUAGAGCAGCUUCCGCCUUUGCCUGCUCCCUGUACGCGAUUGGAAGUAGACCUUUACCGCCUGUUGCGAUGCUGCGAGCGCAUCGCACGGAGCCAAUCAGCAGUCGAGCUGCAACGAGAUUUCAAGUUCCACAACUACGUUGCGUAUCUCCGCGAGCUCUUCGCGCAAGUGCAGCAGGAAUCAAGAGCGGACUCAGCAGGCCGCUCUGCAAGCCUCCCUGUUUCGGCAGCAGCGCAAGCCCAGGCAGCAAGGGCGGAGGCGUACCUUCAGCGAAUCACCUUGCUGGCUGACUUGCUGGAGGAGCACGUGCUGCCUGACAUGUGGCACAUGCCGGACAGCCUGCCUCUUCAGGACGUCUGUCAGCUGGACGCCUUGGUACCUCAAGAUCCCAACCUGCCUUCAACCUCCAGAGGAAUCAGGCCUGCUCAACCCCAGCAGCAGCUGCAGCAGCUGCAAGGAGAGACCAAUGGAGGUGCCUUGUGGGGUUGUGUGCCAUCAUCUGCGGCCUUUGCGGGUCGGCAGGGCAGGGAGGCGUUGGGCCUUCGAUCACGCCGCCGUCUGUUGAGAGAUCGGCGUGGGCCGUCUUCCAGAAAUCGGCAAUCAGGUUCUUCUCUUCCUGGAUCAUCCCUGGACGACGCAUCAAGGGCAAUCAUUACCACCCAUAAGAAUCUUCAGGAGGAGCUGUCGGAUCAGAUGCUGACGCUGGCAGGGCAGAUGAAGGCCAACUCGCUCGCCAUGGAGGAGAAAGUAAAAAGCUCCAAUAAGGUGACACGCUGCCGCCAUGUCGUUCAUGUAGUUGCACGCUCAUGUCGCCAUCUGUCAGCGUCGGAGCGGUUCACGUUCAGCUGGUGGGCCGUGACGGGCGCCAUUCACAUGCUCAUGGAGGGAGCAUUUGUCGCCUUCCCCGCCCUCAUCAGCAGCACCAGCAAGGCGUUCCUUCUCGAUGCCUGGAAGGAGUAUGCUAUUUCGGAUUCACGAUAUGCGACCCGUGACACCUGCAUAGUAUCUCUCGAGGCAGUCACUGCCUUCAUCGAAGGCCCUGCUUGCAUCCUCAUUCUGUAUGCCAUGGCGGCCAGGAAGCCCUUCAGCAAUCUGCUGCAGUUCACCGUGUCUCUUGGGCAGCUGUACGGAGCAGCUGUGUACUUCGCCACGAGCUACUUGGAAGGCUUUCCCCACUCGGACCCGCAUCCAAUCUACUUCUGGGGUUACUUUGUCGGCAUGAACGCCAUUUGGAUCCUGGUGCCGUUUCUCAUUCUCUGGCGCUGCUGGGCGCGCAUCAUUUCAGCAGAGGCCUCGAUACAAGCUCCUGGUACUAGGCGGUCCAAGAGGGACUAA